AUGAACCAGACAACGGUCACUGAGAUUCUCCUCUUGGGAUUCCAAAAUCUCCACAACUUCAGGAUUCCGUUCUUCUCUCUGAUCCUCCUGAUUUAUAUCCUGACGUUCUGUGCCAACGUCCUCAUCUUAGUGUUGGUAUCAGUCAGCCGCAAUCUCCAGUCCCCCAUGUACUUCUUCCUCCAGCAGCUGUCUAUAUGUGACCUCCUGCAAACCACAACUAUUGUACCCAUCAUGCUCCAAACCAUAAUUAAGGGAAGAGCCACAAUAACGAUUGGAUGGUGUAUAACACAAUGGUAUCUUUUUGGUGGUUCGGAAAUAUGGGAGUGUUUACUUCUAACAGCAAUGUCCUUUGACAGAUAUGUUGCCAUCUGUAACCCACUGCAUUACUCUUCUAUUAUAGACCACAAGGUUUGUGUCAAGUUAGUUAUACUGUUAUGGCUGACUGGAUUUGGUGUUUCCCUGGUAAUGUCAUCUAGCAUAGGUACCCUUGUGUUCUGCAAGCAAACUGCCAUUAACCAUUUCUUCUGUGAUUUUGCUCCUCUUUUGGAGCUUUCCUGCUCUGACUCCAACUUUGUGCAUAUAGAAGCAGCUUUAUUGUCCAUCCCUACACUUAUUACUCCAUUUAUAAUUGUCAUUAUAUCCUAUAUCUGCAUUGCCCGUGCAAUCCUAAAGAUAGUGUCCAGUAUUGGGAGACAAAAAGCCUUCUCCACCUGCAGCUCCCACUUGGCCGUGGUCUCCAUAUUUUAUGGGACUCUCAUUGGUAUUUAUGUGGUUCCCAAUCAAGGUCAAUCAGUGACCAAAAGCAAAGUUAUAUCUCUAUUAUACACUGUUGUUACUCCACUACUUAACCCCAUUAUUUAUACUUUGAGAAAUAAAGAUAUUAAAGAUGUGUGUAAAAAAGUUUUGGACAUAUGGGCUACACACAUUUACUAA